AUGCGCAGAGUGGAGCCCACGUCUUUGAAUCUGGGAGCGGCGCUCGGACUUCUGAAACUGCUGGAGCGAGGACUUUUUUUUCGAACAAAUGCAGAAAUGCCGAUACAAAGGAAAGUUAAGUACCCUCAGAGACGAUGGACUUUACCAAGUAUUUAUCAGACUAAUCUCUCAGCCAGCAGAGUAACAGAAGACUUAAGUGACACAAGGAACACUUCAAAACAUCAACAAAUCAGUUCAAAGAAAGAUUAUGAACAUACUGAGAAUAUAGAAACAGAUUUUCAAAUAGCAAUGAGAUACUUUGAAAACGCUCCUCUCAAAACUUCACGGAGUCGAGAUAAAAAUCUAGGAAAACACUUGAAAUCUGUGGAAAAUAUGGCUCAGAAGAAUGGUUUGUCUACAGAAGGAAUUGAUAUUCUAUUAAAUGUGGCACUCAGUGGCAAAUUUGGGGCUGCCACAAAUACUCGGUUAUUAAAGUGCAUGAUUCCAGCUACCCUGAUAGCAGAAGAUUCUGUGGUUAAGGCCGUCUCCUGGCUUUGUGUUGGGAAAUGUCCUGGUAGCACCAAGGUACUUUUUUAUCGUUGGUUGGUUGCAAUGUUCGACUUCAUUGAUCACAAGGAGCAGAUUAACUUGCUCUAUGGCUUCUUUUUUGCUUCAUUGCAGGAUGAUACUCUCUGCCCUUAUGUCUGCCAUUUUUUAUAUUUACUUACCAAAAAGGAACACGUUAAACCAUUUCGUGUGCGGAAAUUACUUAGUCUUCAGGCCAAAAUGGGAAUGCAACCUCAUCUCCAGGCUUUGUUGUCACUGUAUAAAUUCUUCGCUCCUACUUUGAUUUCUGUAUCUUUGCCUAUAAGGAAAAAGAUCUAUUUUAAGAAUUCAGAAAAUCUGUGGAAGAUAGCUCUACUUCAAGUGAGACAAAGGAACCAGAGGCCUUUUCCAGUUACUCUAAACAUGAUAUUGGGUUCAUCUAAUGUCUGUCCAGGAAAAAAAAAACGGAAUUUUCAGUCACUUAUACCAGAGAUACAUUGUGGAAGCUCCAGUAACGAUUAUGGGCAAAGUGGGAUGAGUCUUUCAGACUACCUUGGUAGCAAAGGAUCAGUUAAACUAGAACAACUAAAAAGCUUCCCACAACUCUUAGAAAACAUCCAUUGCUUAGAGCUGCCAUCUCAGAUCGGUGCAGUGCUGAAGAACCCUCUGCUUCUUCACUAUAUUAACUGCAUCACAGAUGAGUCAGUCUUACUGAGGUUUUAUUAUUGGUUGAGUCAAACACUGCAAGAAGAAUGUAUUUGGUACAAGGUGAACACUUAUGAAAAUGAAAAAGAAUUCACCAACUUCCUGGACACUAUUAUCAAGGCACAAUGCUUCUUGCAAGAAGGGUUUUAUUCCUGCGAAGCUUUCUUGUAUAAGAGCCUUCCUAUCUGGGAUGGCCAUUGUUUUCGGUCACAAGUCCUUCAGCUUGUAAGCUGGAUUCCUCUUAGUAGUUUCUCUGAGCUGAAACCGCUUAUUUUUGACCCUCUAGCAUGGAUCUUCUUUACAUCAACCAUUUAUUUCAAGUGUAGUUAUCUUCAAAGUUUGAAGGAAUUGCUGCAGAAUUGGCUGUUGAGGCUUUCUGCAGAUUACCAAAUGAAACUUCUGCAUAAUAUUCCAUUAGAGACAACUUUAGAUGGAUCCAUGAAUUCUGUGGCUGAACUGAUUCACUAUGUAGGGUGGCUUUCCACCAUUGCAAUGCGCUUGGAAAGCAACCGAACUUUCUUACUGCAUUUUAUUUUGGAUUUCUAUGAGAAGGUAUGUGACAUAUUUAUAAAUUAUGACCUUCCGCUGUUGGUGGUACUUCCUCCUGGUGUCUUCUAUCCUGCACUCUUAAGCAUGGAUGCCAGUGUCCUGAACCAGCUAGGUUACAUUAUGCACAGGUAUCAUAACAAUUUGAUGUCUGCAAAGGAAAAAGUGCUGUUGAAAAAGACAAAUUUGGAGCACAAUUUCAGUAGCAAGACUUAUCAAGAAUUUAAUCAAUACUUAACAGUAAUGGUUGGUUGCCUGUGGACAUCCAAGCUACUCGAGAACGGAACAUAUAUUAAGCCUGAACUUUUUAUGAUAGCUGGGUUAUUGGAAUAUAAAAAUAGUUUGAAUUUAAUUCAUCACCCUGCUCUACUUUGUUAUACUGUUUCCUUUCUACUACAGGAAUUUCCAGAAGAAAGGAGAGUAUGCACCAAACUUAUUCGGGGAAAUAAAUGGAACUUGUAUGUGAACUAUUUAUUUUCGAAGGGGUUUCAAGGCUUAAAACUUUUCAUAGAAACUAGUUUUCGUCACUUAUCUGUUUAG